CAGCGGCCUCUGUUCCAAAAACUUUGAAUUUUAAACGUCAUUAAGACGUGUUUUUUGAGAAAGUUGUGCUUUUUUCUCAUUUUUUAGUGAAAAACAAAUUGAAAACCAUGGCCGAAGCAAUGAAACAAACUGUGGCAGCAAUGCUUAAAGGCAUUGAACGGUACAACCCUGAUAAUUUACCGACUUUGGAGCACUACGUGGAGAUACAAUCGCGCGAAAAUGCCUACGAUUUAGAGGCUAACUUGGCCGUCCUUAAAUUGUACCAAUUUAACCCUAGUAGCUUCAAUAUCGACAUCACAAGUCAAAUCCUGCUCAAGGCUUUGACAAACCUUCCAAACACGAAUUUUAUUUUGUGCAAAUGUCUUUUGAACGAACGACAGCUGGCGGAAGAACCCAUCAACCAAAUUAUCUACUUGGCCGACAUUUUGGAACAGUGCGAUUUUCAAUUGUUCUGGACCAGAAUCCACUCAAUGCCAGAGUUGACCCAACGAAUUACCGGAUUUUUAGACUCAAUCCGGAAAUUUGUGUGUCACGUAGUUGGAAUCACGUAUCAGACCAUUGAAAGGUCCCAUUUGGCCGAAUUAUUGGGAGACGUUGAUGACCUUACGUUGAAAGUCUGGGUCAAUAAGUAUGGAUGGAAGGAACAGGGCCAGUUGAUUUUCAUUGCCAAUCAAGACGAAAACAUCAAAACUAAAAAUAUUAACGAGAAAAUCGAUUUCGAAAAUGUCGGAGCCAUUAUGGCUUCAUGUCGCUGAUUUGUAUUUUAAUUUUUCAAUAAUAAAAUAAAACUACUUCGUGUC